UGCUGGAAGUUCAUUUGUUGCUGAGCGAGCGUUGAGAUCGGUUGUGUAGCGUUUGGUGCGGUUGCAGUUGGUAUUUGUGUAGCUCAAUUUGGGGAAAGAUUCAAAUUAAUUUGAAAUACAUAUAUUGAAAAACCGUUUGACCGGUGGACUAGCCCGGCCAUAACAAACGCUACAGCUAAAAAAAAAUAAAACCGUUUGAACGUGAAUUAUACAAGUAAGAAAAAAAUGGUUCGAACACCAAAAAAAAAUCAUAUAAUAAAGUUGAUUCGUGGAUUAUUCAUAAAAUGAAAAAAAAACCGGAACUGAGUCAAGUUUACCGCCGUCUUAGAUAAAAGUUCCAGGUGUUUGAAGUUGUUUUUAAGAUUACAUAAUGUAAAUAUAGUACAUAACGUUAAGAUAUGCAACGUCUAAUAAACUUUGUGAAGUGUUAAAACUUUGACUCCAUUCUUCGUAGUAUCUUUUUGGCUAACAACCACUAAUAUAAAAAAAUAAGAGAGAAUUUUCAUAUAUACUAUUUGAAGCGAGUAGAAUCGCUGUAAAGUUGAACGGCGACGCCUCCAUUGGCAGCGCAUUGCGUAUCGGUGUGUGCAAAGCGACUGUGUAUUUGCGUCAAAAGUGUGUGCUCAUGUUAACCACUAUUUCUACCUGGAUUUACCUGUUUAAAGUAGAAAUAUGUUCAGUAAAGAAGAAGCGUAAAUGUGAAACCAGUUAAAAAUAAAUAAAUUAAGUAUCACCGAGUAGCAGAGAGCCAGCCUGGAAACUUAAUUAUUACGUUCGUUGGUCAAUGUAUUUGUUGGAAUUUUCCUUUUGCUAAUGAAAGCAGAAUUGAAAAAUACUAUAUGUAUGUACCUACUACGUAUACGUGCGUACAUACAUACAAACAAACACUGUAACGACCAAGUGGAGAUAUCUUGAAUAUUGAGUUAAUCUGCCCCUAUCAUUGUCGGCGUUUCCAUGAAAAUGCAGUCGGCGCAUUCAACAACAAAACAAACAUCAAAGUGUAUAAUAGUGAGCAGUGCUAGAGCGAUGAUGCGACGACGUCAGCGAUAGCAUGAACCAUAUAUUCUUAUGGCUCGUUCAUCAGCAAUAGUUCAAUGAAAAAUAAACGUAAUUAAGAAAACAUUAUACAAAAAUUGCCUUUGCAACGCCGUCUACUCGGCAAUAUAAAAUAAAAGCGAUUAAAUAAAUGAAGAGGUUUAAAGUAAAAAAGAAAGAAGUGAAAAUUGGGAAAUAGAUUUGAGUGGCCCUAGUGACGGCAGUUUUGCUGAUCGUACAAAGAAAAUAAAGGUGAAUGAAUAAAAAUACUGGGUGACUCAUUCACAGUAAAUUGAAUUCCUCUUGUUCGCAGUUAGUAAAUAUCAGGUAUAACUUGAUAUAUAACAAUAAUAGAAGAUAUUCUAUUAUUUAAAAGUGCUUUAUAUACAUACAUAUAAGUCAUAACAACAGGUUUUUAAUCGUGUUCCCGUCACCGCGGUGUAAUGCUACGAAAUGUCGCCACAGCACUGCCAAUCACAACAACAAACACAAAUUUACCACCUAGCACAAUGUCGGCCGCAAUUCCUACGUUCACGAAAAAAUGUUUGUCGAAAACUACACAAAUAUCAGACGUUAGCGUUUGCGUUAGCACUAAUAAAUUUGCAUGCAGCCGUUUUAGUUUCCGCUGCUUCGAGUCCGUCCAUAUCCGCUUUACCUACGAGUUCCAGAGAUGACCCCUUUUCGGGUUUUUUCACACCCGCCAAUACGCAAACUGUCGAAAAUAGUUUAAUAUUACCGCUUACGCGACUACGGAGAUCACCUCAUCCUGCUCCAGAAUCGAUUAGUUCUCUCUAUUCAGCUUUACCCGCAGCGCGUACUGGCAAUUCUGCCAUUUAUUUCGGCAUGUCGCCAUCGUCGUCGGCUGCGCAUGAAAAUAGUGUCAACCAGAUUGAACAGUAUUCCGAUAAUCGCAAGCCAGCAUUCAAAAACUGUGCCAGCUACAAACCAUCUGUGAAGGAAGAGAGACCCGAAAACACUUUUGUUAUAAUGGUGCAGGCAGUGGAUCCGGAUUCGGAUCAAGAAAUUAAAUAUAGUCUUGUGCAAUCGGCUGCUGAAAGAUCGAAAUUUCAUAUUGAUCCAAAAACUGGUGUUAUAGUGACUGCGCACAUAUUCGAUCGCGAUGAACCAAUAUACGAGAAAGCAGUAUAUGUGACAGUACAGGCAACGGAUAACGGGCGGCCGCCAUUGGACGAUGUGUGCACAUUUAAAGUGACGAUUGAAGAUAUCAAUGAUAAUCCUCCAGUCUUCAAUAAGGCGCGUUACGAUGAAUCAAUGUCAGAAGAUAAACAGCCUGACGCAAUUGUGAUGCGCAUCUCGGCCAGUGACUUGGAUGAUGGCAACAAUAGUAUUGUCGAAUACGAAAUUCUACCCGAUCGCGAUCAUUUGUACUUUAAAAUCGACAAAGCAGCAGGAAUUAUUUAUCUAAACCGUCCCAUCGACAAACGUCCUGGCCAAUACUAUACAAUCAAUGUACGUGCCUAUAAUAGUAUAGUACCAGACCCACCACAAGAUGCGCAAAUUGAAGUGCGUAUACGCGUUGUUGAGUCGUCAAAGAAGCCGCCCUCCUUUGUUGAUCCCAUCGAAGAUCCUAUUUACCUGAAGGAAGACUACAUGAACUACUCCACGCCCAUUGUUACGUUACGUGCCGUUUCAAAUGUGCCCGACAAACCGGAAGUCAUCUUCGAAUUAAUUACGGGGCGAACCGAGCAAACGAAUAGUAAAAAGACCUUUGUCUUCAAUCAGACCGGCACGACGGUAACCAUUGGUUUGGGCAAAUUACUCGAUUAUGAAUCUGUCACAGAAUACACAUUGACAAUGAGUGCGCGCAACACAUACGAUUUAGUGGCAGAGCAUAUAGUUAAAAUCAAGGUGGAGGAUGUAAACGAUAACAUACCGUAUUUCACAGAGGUGAAAAAGGGUACAUUGCUUGAAAAUGAGCCGCCAGGCACACCUGUGAUGCAGGUACGUGCUUUUGAUAUGGACGGCACAGAAGCGAAUAAUAUUGUGUCUUUUGAGUUGGCCGAUAAUCGUGAAUAUUUCAAAAUUGAUCCACAUACUGGCAACAUAACAGCUUUGACCACAUUCGAUCGUGAAGAACGUGACUUCUAUAAUGUGAAGGUGAUUGCUAGUGACAAUUCGCCAUCAAGUUUAUACAACAAUGGCGAGCCAAAUCGGGGACAACAAGUGUUUCGCAUCGAAAUUGCGGACAAGAACGAUCAUAAGCCACAUUUUCAGCUACCCGAAUAUGUACCUGAUCGCUUGCCAGAAGAUGCAAACAUUAAUUUUAUUGUCAUUGAGGUAAUGGCCGAAGAUGAAGAUAAUGCUUCACAAAUUCAAUACACAAUUGAAAGUGGCAAUGUUGGGAAUGCGUUCAAAAUCGAAGAGAAAACGGGCAAGAUCACAGUGAAUCAACGGCUGGAUUAUGAGAACAUUACCGAAUAUGUGCUUAAGAUACGUGCCUUUGAUGGUAUUUACGACGAUUAUGCAACUGUUAAGAUAGAAAUCGCGGACGUUAACGAUAAUCCACCAGAGUUCAAGGAAAAGUACUCGAAAACCAUACAAGAAGAAAUGGUCUACGAUUACUGUAUACUGAAUAUUGAGGCUUAUGAUCCUGACAUCAAAAAUCGCUCAGCAGAUCAGCACAUCAAGUAUUCGGUGGUAAAAGAGGAGCAAAAGAAGAUGCUGACAAUUGACAAUGACGGCUGCUUAAAGCUCAUACAGCCGCUGGAUCGUGAUCCACCAGAUGGUCACAAGAGUUGGCAGGUACUGAUCGCGGCCGUUGACGAAGAUGGAUAUGGUUUGAAGUCGGUGACGCAUGUGAUAAUCAAUCUGCAGGAUAUUAACGAUAAUGCGCCAUUCUUGGUGAAUACGAUGCCAGUUAUUUGGCAAGAAAACCGAAAUCCCGGACAAGUUGUGCAAUUGCAAGCGAAUGAUUAUGACGAACCGCAGAAUGGGCCGCCAUAUACCUAUGGCAUCGAUAGUGAGGCGUCUCCAGAUAUUAAGGCCAAGUUUAGCAUCGAUAACGAUUACCUAUUCGCAAAUGUGCAAUUCGAUCGCGAGGAACAAAAGGAAUACUAUAUACCCAUUAGAAUUAGCGAUUCCGGACAACCGAAACGAAGUCAGGUGAGCAUUUUGCAUCUGAUAAUUGGUGACGACAAUGACAAUGCGAUGUCGGAGGGUUCAUCGCGUAUAUUUAUCUACAAUUACAAAGGCGAAGCGCCUGAUACCGAUGUGGGGCGUGUGUUUGUGGACGAUCCAGAUGACUGGGAUCUCGAGGACAAGGAGUUCCGCUGGAAGAAUGGCAUACCACACGAUAAUUUCCGCUUGAAUCCGAGCACAGGCAUGAUAACAAUGCUUGAAAAUACACAAGAGGGCGAAUAUCUGCUUGAAUUCGUUGUUACCGAAGAGUCGACCUUCAUACCGCGACAUUCCGUAGAUGCCGAUGUUACAGUCAUUGUGCGGGAGUUGCCCGAAGAAGCGGUUGAUAAAAGUGGCAGCAUACGUUUUUACAACACUACCAAAGAGGAUUUCAUUAGCGUGCCUCGCGACGCGCAAGCUGACGACUCACUUUCACUAAAAGAUCGUCUGCAAUUUUCGCUCGCAAAACUGUUCAAUACAUCCGUUACAAAUGUUGAUGUCUUCACAGUGCUGCAAAAUGCAAACAACACCUUAGAUGUGCGGUAUUCGGCACACGGCUCACCAUACUAUGCACCCGAGAAGUUGAAUGGUAUUGUAGCGCAACAUCAACAAAUGCUCGAAAAUGAAUUGGGCUUACAAAUGCUAAUGGUGAAUAUUGAUGAAUGUCUCAUCGAGCGCUACAAAUGCGAAUCGUCGUGCAUGAAUACGCUACACAAAUCGAAUAUUCCGUACAUGAUCUACUCGAAUACAUCAUCAUUUGUGGGGGUGACAGCUUUUAUUGAGUGGCAUUGCGUUUGUGAAGCGAGGCUAAGCUCGUACUGCCUCAACGGUGGCACACCGCGCAUAGGCGAGAACGAUUUGUGCGACUGCAUCGAUGGUUUUACGGGGCCGCAUUGUGAAUUGGUCUCUGUUGGCUUCUACGGCAACGGUUACGCAUUCUAUGAACCCAUAUCGCCAUGCGAAAACACAAGAAUUAGCCUCGAAGUGGCGCCCCAAACCGACCAAGGCUUAAUUAUGUACCUAGGGCCCUUGAAUUAUAAUCCACUUUUGCCACUAUCCGACUUCCUGUCAUUAGAGUUGGUAAAAGGUUUUCCCACAUUGACGGUGGACUACGGCUCUGGUGCCAUACGCAUCGAACAUCGGCACAUUCAAUUGCAGGUAGGCAAAUCCUAUCAGUUGGACAUCAUACUACAGAAGACGAGUAUUGAGAUGACAGUAGACAACUGCCGAUUGUCUACCUGCAUGAGCUUGGGCGCGCCGCAAGGACCCAACGAGUUCCUAAAUGUUAAUGCACCGUUGCAACUAGGCGGCACACCCAUAGAUCUAUUCCAACUUGGUCAGCGACUUAACUGGACCUACACGCCUAGCAUGCAAGGCUUUUUCGGCUGCAUACGCAAUCUGACAAUCAACAAUCAUACCUACAAUUUGGGCGCACCUGCAAUAUCACGCAACAUCGAUUCGGGUUGCCAACGCGCCGUUGCUGUAGCGGUAAGUUUCGGCAUUGAUCGAAACUUCAUCAUUGCGAUUGUGGCAUGUAUAAUGCUCCUGCUUAUUAUACUACUGGCUGUGGUCGUGCAGAAGAAACAAAAGAACGGCUGGCAUGAAAAAGACAUUGAUGAUAUUCGAGAAACGAUAAUCAACUACGAGGAUGAGGGCGGCGGUGAGCGGGACACCGACUAUGAUCUCAAUGUGUUGCGCACGCAGCCAUUCUACGAGGAGAAACUCUACAAAGAUCCACAUGCGCUGCAAGCGAUGAAAGAUCCCAAUAAUGAGAUACCCGAUAUUGGUGGGUUCUUGGGUGAUAAAAAAGAAAAUUGUGAUCGAGAAGCGGGCACAUAUCCGGUGGAUGAUGUGCGGCACUAUGCGUACGAAGGUGAUGGCAAUUCGGACGGCAGUCUGUCGAGUCUGGCGUCCUGUACUGACGAUGGUGAUCUCAAUUUUGACUAUUUGUCGAAUUUCGGACCACGUUUCCGUAAAUUGGCCGAUAUGUAUGGCGAAGAACCUUCCGAUACAGAUUCAAAUGUUGAUGACGAACAAGGUUGGCGUAUAUAAAAACAAAACUGGAACUAUAAAACUUCCAUUGACAUUUCAUGCAAAAUGUAAAAGACUUUAAAGCUAAGCGCAUAUUUAUACAUACAUACAUACAUAUAGUAAAUGUAUUUGCAUAAACGUACAUACAUUCAUACAUGUCUAAAUACAAUUAUGUAUGCAAUUGAAAGUAUGUUUGUAUGGAGGGCAGGUUGAAUUGGAUUUAUGAAAUUGCGUAAGCAACACACACACAAAGACAAAUAGACAUACAUCCAUACUACAUACAUUGGCGCUCGUCUUAAUUUAAUUUAAUUUAAUUUAAUUUAAUUUUUAUAAUUACCACUAAUUUAAUGCGAAAAAAAGUGAUGAACAUAAUUAUAAGAAAUUAAAAAAACUGAAUGUAGUAAAACAUAAACCACAAAAAAAUUACCGAACAAAUAUAUGUACAUUUGAAGUAGAACAUGGUGACUUAUAUUUUUUGAUGAAAUAUAUUGUGGACAAUAUCAUGAGCUAUAUAUACUUGGAUGUACUAGUAUAUUCCACGAAGGAAAUCGAGCGAUUUAAACAGAAGCUUUGGCGCUCACGUAAAUAGCACACUUAUUUUUUACAAUAUUCACAAUUAUUUACGUGAUAAAUUUUUUCAUUAUUGCUUAUAAAAAUAUGCUAGAUUUUAUAACAUAACCCAUAUAAGUGAAAGUUUAAAACUUUGUGAAAAAUUCAGGAAACUUAACAAAUUAAAAAAAAAAAUUUCAUCAAAAUUUUCAACUUUUUAUUCAAAACCUUUAGAAACCUAUUGGGUAUGCAAUUUAGUAUAAUACCUUGCACGUUUGAAAGUUUUGAACAAUUCCGUUGAUAUUUGAUAAGUUUUUUGCUGACGGUAUCACGCAUUUUCUUCCAUACAAAGUAUGUUCGAAAAAAAAUCAACUAUAUUUUUAUAGAAAAACUAACAAAAAAAUGUUUCAUGUAAAACAUUGUGAAUAUUGUAAAAAAUAAAUGUGUGCAACUUACGUGAGCGCCACUGCACAUGCUAAAACAAAAAAUUAAACAAAUUUUCAGAAAAUAAAUAAAAAAUGCGUUAAAAUUAUUGAAAACAAAACACGAAACAAGCAUUUAGUUAUUUAUAUUAUUAUUGUAAUUCUUUUUAAUUUUAUUUGUGUUAACUCGUACGAAAAUGAUUCCUUUACUUCAAAGUAUUUAAGUAUUCCAAUGUAAUGGUAACAUAAUAAUUCAAAGCAAACUGAGUAAACUAAAAAGGCAAUAAAGUAUGAAAACUAAUUAAACUAGGAUCACUAAGGUCUGUAGGAAAUUUUUUCUUUUCACUUAAUUUACAUACAUGUAUGUACAAGUACAUACCUAGCGGUUAGCUGGGUAAAAGCUGUAAUAUUGAGUUACAAAUAAAUAAUUUACUGUUGUUUAAUUACAUAAAUGUUAGCAAUACAUAAAUACAAAAACAUGUUAUUGUAACUAAGUGAAAAGUGAGCGUUUUAACAUAUCUUUUUUUUUUUUAACUGUGUAGUCCCCAUUUAUACCUAGAAGUAUAUACAAAGCGUAUAAAUGUAAUGUAGUAUUUUCACCAAGCGAUCUAAACUAGUAAGAAUAAUGCGAAAAGCCACUUCUAGUUAUAAUAAUUAAAUAAAAAGAAAAUAAUAAAAAUAAAAGUCCAGAUGCGAAUAUUUGUUCAUAGGCACCUAGUAUGUAUAAUUACUAGUAUGUAUGCGUGUAUGUAGCCCCACUGGAAAAAUAGAUAAACACCUUUCGAGGUAAGCCAUGUUUUCUUUCAGUUUUUAGUACUAAAAUUCUCAUCAUGGCCAUCUCAAAUGAACACCACCGACGACACAUUACGUUGUCAGUUGCAAAACAACGUGCAGCCGAAGUUAUUUCCAAGCGCCGAACUACUUCGGCCACCCACGUCUUUGUUAAAGUAAGGGAGAUUCGUCAGUGAAGUGGUAAGGACCGCCGGGUGAAGUGUAAGUUGCUGGUAAGGUAUUGCCCUUUACCCGGCGGUCCUUACCACUUUCCUGUCGAAUCUCCAUUACUUUAACAAAGACGUGGCCGCCUUAUAUAAGUAGGAAUUAAGAAUGUAUAUUUGGUAUCAGACAUACCUCUGAGCCGCUUUACAAAGUAAGUUACGCAUAAUGCAGAGCAGUCGCUCGGAGUAGUUAGGCGCUUGGAAAUAACUUCGGAGGUGUUCACUUUAUGCUUUACUAUGUAGCAGAUGACACUGGCCAUGAUGACAAUUUUGGCACUAAAAACUGAAUGAAAACAUGGUUGACCUCGUUAGGUGCUUACCUAUUUUCCCAGUGGGGCCUUAAUUAUACACAUACAUGUGUACAUACAUAUAUAUAAAUAUAAAAUAUUUUUGUAAGGCAUUGAUUUUUUACUGGCCAGAAUUUAUUAAAAACAAACGAGUAAAUAAAUAUGAUAGAAGUGUGAGAAAUAAUGAGUUUGAGAAUCAAAAUAAAAAGAAAACGAAAAAAUUUUAAAAUAA